AUGAUACAGGGCUAAAUCGACCCUUGUGUCGUUUUGGUCGUUGUCACUCCCUCCAAAGGCCCUCCAAAGGCUAUACACCGAGAGGUUUCCAUGUAUAUUGCUUAUUUCAAUGACAUGACCUAACAAAGCCUUUUCCGAUCUCUCUCAAGCCUUUUUAAACUCUUCAUAAUCUCUGCUUUCUUGCUCUCCCUCUUCUUUUGAUUUUUGUUGGAGAGGAAGAUGGGCAUGACCAUGGCGGAUGCGUUCGACGAUGAGUGCGAUUAUCUUUUUAAGGCGGUGAUGAUCGGCGAUUCGGGUGUUGGUAAGACGAAUCUCCUAUCGAUGUUCUCCCGAGGCGAAUUCCGUCUUGAUUCCAAGCCCACUAUCGGGGUUGAAUUCGCUUACCGAAACGUUCGUGUUGGAGAUAAGCUCAUAAAAGCGCAGAUAUGGGACACUGCCGGCCAAGAACGAUUUAGAGCAAUCACCAGCUCUUAUUACAGAGGUGCUCUGGGCGCCUUGCUAGUCUAUGACAUAACACGGCGGGCCACAUUCGAAAAUCUAAAGAAGUGGCUGCGAGAGCUCCGUGAGUUGGGUGAUUCCCAGAUGGUGAUCAUGCUCGUGGGGAACAAAUCUGAUUUGGGCCACAAGAGGAAUGUGAAUGAAGAAGAAGGGCGGAUGCUUGCUGAACAAGAAGGGAUCUUUUUCAUGGAAACAUCGGCUUUUGAGAAUACGAAUGUAGAAGAGGCAUUUGUGCAAAUGAUUACCCAAAUUCACCAAGUAACCAGCCAGAAAAGCCUCGAUGCGAAGGUCACUGAAACGACCGCACCUUGUGCUGGCCAAAUAAUUCUCAAUGUAGAUGAAGUAUCAGCGACUAAAAAGGCCGGUUGUUGCUCUCAGUGAAUGGUUUAAAAGGACACGGAGACAUGUAAAUUUGGUUUUUACUUGAAAUGAUUACAAUUGAUUUACAAGGAUCAUAAACCAGGCGAAUGUUAUAUUUCCA